GGUUGGAUUUCCCAGCGUGACUUCUCUCUGCCAAUAGGAAGUCGGAAAAGUUGGACACGGGUGAAGCCGACGAGAGGGCGAGAAAGGUCUCAGUCAGCAUUUGGUGGCGGAACCAAACUGGGCAGGAUGUUUCUGGUAGGAUUGACGGGUGGCAUUGCGUCAGGAAAAAGUACAGUGGUUGCUAUGCUGAGGGAACUGGGCUGCGCUGUCAUUGAUGCUGAUGUUAUAGCCCGACAAGUGGUCCAGCCGUGCUUCCUGGCACACCAGCGCAUUGUGCAUUCCUUUGGCCCCGAAAUUCUCCUGGAGAGCGGCGAGAUCAACCGCGAAGCUCUCGGAAGCAUAGUUUUCUCUCAGCCCGAAAAACGUAGGCUGCUGAAUUCCAUCACACACCCUGAGAUACAGAAGGAGAUGCUGAAACAGAUCUUGAAAUACUUUAUGCUGGGCCAUCGGUAUGUGAUCCUGGAUAUCCCGCUCCUUUUUGAAACCAACACGCUGACCAAGUUCAUGAAGCACACCGUUCUCGUGUACUGUGACCCACAGAGCCAGCUGUCGCGCCUGAUGCGCCGGAACGGGCUGACCCAGGCGGAGGCUGAAGCGCGCAUUGCUGCCCAGCUGCCCCUCGACCAAAAGGUCAAGCUGGCCGGCCACGUCAUCGACAACUCGAGAGACGUCGAGACCACGAGGAAGCAGGUCCUGAAGCUUCACUCCUCGUUGGAGGACUCCAUGGACUUCCUCCUGGUGCGGUUGCUGGCUGUCACAGCAGCUGCUGGGGUUGGCGGCUUGGUAUAUUUCCUACUGCGGCACCUCAUGUCUUAACUUGCCCUUGGUGGUGGUGACGGGGGGGGG